UGUAUAACAGAACCAUGGCCAUUUUUAGGUGAAAUGUCUGAAAAGCUAAGAAGAUGCAGAAAGGAGCUGACAGCAGCCAUUGACCGUGCAUUUGAAGGCAUCAGUCAUUCUCAAGAGUGCCCAAGUCAGCAAAAGCCAGACUUGGACACCUCGCCUUCUUCCUUCUCUAUUCAGAUGAAUAAACUUCUUUGCAGGAGAUAUCCUUCCACCACUUCCUAUGUUGGUCAGUUUGCUCCUGUUUCCUGUGCUCCUGAAAAUGAGAACCCUGUCUUUGUACCAAACCAUAUCCCAGUAAAUAUGAAGCCACAUACUUUAUGCCCAAAAAGAAAACCUUUGACCAGCAAGGAAAAUGUGUUGAUACAUUCCUCGAUUUUUGUACCUGAAAGGCAGUUUCUGAGAGCCACUGGAGAUGGGGAAAGUUGGAGAAAAGAAAGUUUAAGGAAAGAUGUGGAUAGAUAUUUGAAGGUUGAAGCCAACGUUCCUCUCAACAAUUCCAACCAAGAAAUCACAAAGGAUCUACUUGAUAUGAUUGACCAUACGAGCAUCCGAACUAUUGAAGAAUUGGCUGGAAAGCUAGAAUUUGAAAAUGAGUUAAACCGGGUUUGCAGUCGCUCAGAAGAUUCCCCCUUUAAAGAGGAAGUCCUGGCUCUCUUCAUGGAUGAGAGCCCACACAAGGCCACAGAAGCAGAAGCAAGUUGCCUAAAGCCAACUUUUGAUGACCAGAAUAUCAUAGAAACUGUCUUGGAUUUGGAAGAGGACUAUAAUUUGAUGACCUCUUUUAAAUACCAUAUUAAGUAA